CCUAACUGCCUGCCCCUCCUCGGCUUUGGGAGCGCCAUGCGCCGCCGCAACGACAGCCGCGACGACAGCCGCGCGCCGCGAACGCGGAGUGCACGGCGAACGCCGAGAACGCCUCGAGUUCCGCGGACCAGAAGGCGUCCCAGGUCGCGCCGGCCCAGAUCGCGCCGUCCCUCGCCCUCUCCCAGAUGGGCGCGGUCCGACAGCCGCGGCAGUUCACGUGACAGCCGCCCACGGCGCGCGCGCAGCUUCGCACCGCGGCGCGCGCGGCGGCGCCGGGAGGAUUCGCGAGGAGCCAGAAGUGCAGGCUCCCAGACGAGAUCCAAGCCGCUCUUCACGGACCUGGCCUAUCGAAGCCGCGACGACUUGGACCUCUACAACGACUUCUGCGAGGAGGUCGGCAUCCGUGGUCGUCUCAUCGCGAAGAUUCGUGGGAUGAUGCAGAACAUGGAGCGGGACGACCUGGCACGUCUGCUGGAGCCCUCGGAGGUGGAGAACAUCAAAAGGGCACAGAACCCGAUUGGCAUGGCCAUCAACCGGAUCCGCACCAUCGAGCGUGAGUCCGGACGGCCCAAGGAGAUGAAGCAGCGAAAAGGUCAAGGAAAAGGCUCCCGUCAGGAGGAGAAGAGUGCUGCCGAGGCGGUGAGAAGGAGCCGAAGCCGCAGUGCUCGGAGCAAGGCCUCUUGACUGGCCAAGGCGUCGUCGAGUUUGGUGAGAAAACUGAGGGAGACAGACCACGGAUACAGA